AGAGAUGAUCUUUCUGAGACUUGCUCUUCCGUAAUAAACUGACAAUCACCAACACAUACACAGGACCAAGCGGGGUGAGUUCUCCAACUCUAAGUUGCCUACCGAGCAAGCCGAGCUACUUACUAGUUACCAAGGUACAGAUCAUUGCGGGUUUGAAUGCUCACACAUCAAAUGCGGGGUGACAGCCAAGGUAGGCUGGAGAGCAUGCGCUUUCAUAACCCAUGUUUGCCAGCCAUUUCUUCUCAUAGAGUUGAUGUUCUGAUCGGAACACCAUGUCAGGAACAUCAACCCCGUUUUCCUCCUUGACGGAGUCCGCCGUCUCGGACAUCGAGACCACGAUCAGUGACGAUGCCCAAUAUCGAGCAUGCUCGGUCGGCAUCAGCCUAUGCUUCCGGAUCAGCUCUCACGACCAGGACGACCAGAUAGUGUACGAUAUCAAGGAAGAUGCCAUCAAAGUCUACCUGCGAUGUCCGCAGACCCUUGAACCUCGAUUCACGCUACAUGCAAAGUCUGAGCACUGGGACCUGUUCUUUGCUGCACAGCCCAAGCGUCCCUUUCAAUCCUAUUGGGGAAUGCUAAGAAUUCUGGGACAAGAAUCGGGCGUCGAGGUGACUGGCGAUUUCGCGUCGUUCCUUACUUACGCUUUGUUGUGGCGGACAAUCCUCGACCGCACUCGUGAUCAGAUCCAGUCACAUAUAGCCAGUGCCUCUGACCAAAGCUAUGCGUCCGACGACGAACUGGACGAUGAUUCGAUCAUCGGACAUUAUACCUGGAUCAAGUUGUCCCGCUUGGGCAAAUGCAAGAUAUUCUAUGAGACUUCUGGAAGAGGAGAUCAACAAAUACUCUUCCUCCAUACUGCUGGGGCAGAUUCGCGCCAAUUCCAUUCUAUGAUGAUGAACAGGAAGCUUCAGGAAAUGUGUACCAUGUAUGCGUUUGACCUCCCAGGCCAUGGUCGCUCGUUUCCCGGGAGCACUCAAUAUCCUUGGUCUUAUGCAAAUUCGGAGGAACUCUAUGUCUCGGCAAUAGCACAGAUUAUCGCAAAGCUUGACCUAAAACGUGUCAUCGUGUCAGGUGCCAGUAUGGGUGGCCAGGUAUGCCUCGCUGUUGCACUACGAGCAGAAGAAUUGAACGUCAGUGGUGUCAUACCUUGCGAAGCCUGUGACUAUCUCCCCAAACAGCGAGCUCAAACGAUAUAUGGCCUGGCCGGCGAUGAGUCUGUUCUCAAUCCUGAGCGUGUAUGCGGGAUGAUAUCUCCCACCUCUCCGGAGAUAUACAAGAGAUUGAAUUGGUGGAUUUACUCGGCUCAAGCGACCAGCAUGUUUCCAAGUGACUUGUUGUUCUACUUUGAAGGCUGGGAUGGUCGCGAUCGAAUGGCUCAAAUUGAUACCGAGGUGUGCCCAGUCUACAUGCUGACAGGAGAAUAUGACUAUAGUUGCACUCCUGACGCCAGCCGAGCCACCGCCGCAAAGAUUAAAGGCGCGGUUUUCGAAGAGAUGAAACGAAUGGGCCACUUUCCAUUCAGUGAGAAUCCAUCGGCGUUCUUACCAUAUUUCCUUCGAGCUUUAGAGCACGUUGUUAGUCGGCAAAGGUUGGACACGAAGCCGCACUGAUUGUUGCACAGAGAUGUAUACGUAUAUACCAAUGUUUCAAAGAAUCACUUGUCC